AUGAUCAAGGACUAUGACGAUGAGGACAUCGACGACCUGAUCGACAUUGACUACCCUGCAGCUGAUGACACUUCCUCCACACCGCACAGUGGGGGCGUGUCUCCACCGCCAUCGACAUCACCCAAUGCAUUGUUGCCCAAUGCCUACCCGCCCUCCCCGCCAUGCACGCCACGCAAGGACAAGCGAAGAGUCAAGAGGCUGCACCUGGAGCUCUCACCCUGCAACCUGUCACCUCAGAUUCAAGUCAACAACACAACUGAGCUAGAGUGCAUCGAGUCCAUCACAUCAUCGACAAGGGACACAUUCUUCCCAGUGAUCAUUCAAUCACUGAUCAAGGUUCUUGGCACUGGCAAGCGCAUAUCAAUCGCAGAGAUGUGCAGUGGGAUGAAUGAGAUGAACGUCAUACUCCAACAUAAAGGCGGUCAAAUGGGCAACAUGGGCGAGCACUAUACAUUGGGCUCACUCAACGACAGGAAGGAUGCCACGCCCUACCUCGAGGACGACCUGUUCCGAAUCCCACUGGUUAGCUCAACACUAUGUGGCGAGAUACAAAUACAACCGAUCAAUGCGAUUGAGAUGUGCUGGUUGAUGCAAAGCUUCAUGCUGAGGUUCAUUGUCAGGCAGACCAUGUACGAGACCGAGAGGAGGAUACAUGAGUCACUACUAUUCACCAUUGUCGAGUGCAGCACAUCGUCUUCCGAGGACUUCUUCCAUCUGCUCUCCAAACAACUAUGUCACUCAUUCAAUGCCAAGUACUCUGGCGUGUGCAAAUUGAUCUCGAGCGUGGCCGCUAUCAACAUAUGCUUCGCAAGCAACACAUCCGACCUGGAGAGCAGAACAUUCUACAUCUGCAAUGGACCUUGCAAGAUGAUAUACGAUGAGAAGAAGAUUGUAUUCUUUGAUGAUGUCCAGAACCAAUUCCCCCAAGAACCAUUCUUUGCUAGCCAUGGAAUUAGCAGCUACAUGGGAUUCCCUUUGAUUGGCUCAAUGGGACAAGUUAUUGGCCACAUCUUCCUUAUGGGCGAGCGUCCAUUCAACCCUGUCGUUGGCAGUUCUCCAAUCAUAUCUGCCAUUUCCAAGCGUGCCUCUGUUGAGGUUGAAAGAAGGAAAGUCCAAGAGGAGUUGUUGUUGGCAGAGAUAUUGUUGGAUCAAUUCCCAGCAUGUGUGUUCUUGGUCAACAAGCAUGGAGUGAUCAUCAGAGAGUUUGGAAACACUGAUAGUAUACUGGGCGUUAGGGAGACAUGUCUUGGAAAGAAUGUGUCCUCAUUUGAACGUGGCAAGGAGGAGAUAUAUAGACAUCUAUGUGCAUUGGAUGCGGCCAAUCAGCCAGAGAACAUAAUGGUGAAGGACAUCAGAUUGACCAAGGGCAACAAUGAGGAGAUGCUCUGUGAGAUCUUCCUCAGGGAGAUAUUCGAUCACAAUGGAUACUCUUUGGGCAUUAUGUUGGUGAUCAGAGAUAUCACCGAGGCCAAACAGAUCCAACACUCUUUGGAGCAAGCCAAUCUUCAACUAUGUGAGAGGAAUAACGAGUUGAUCGAGACUCGUGAUCGAGCACUCAAGGCAAUCCAAAUGAAGUCCCAGUUCAUGGCAACAAUAAGUCACGAGAUCAGAACUCCAAUGAAUGGUGUCAUUGGAAUGGCAGAGAUGUUGCUAACGACCAACCUAACACCUGAGCAAUUCGAGAUAGCCGACACUAUUUACAAGUCUGGCGAGCUACUCUUAUCAAUCACAUCAGACAUCCUUGACUUCUCCAAGAUCGAGGCUUCCAAGCUUGAGUUGGAGAUGAUCGAGUUUGACUUCAUGGGAUGCAUUGAAGGUGUGUUCAACACUCUUUCAAUAUCCUUGGAGAAGAAGAUUGAGAUCAUAUUGUUGUUUGAGAAGGAUGUACCUACUAAGCUCAUUGGAGACCCUAACAGACUGCGCCAGAUCAUCUUGAACAUUGGAUCAAACGCUAUAAAGUACACGGAUCAAGGACACAUCUAUGGACAUGUGUCAGUCGUCGAGAGGUCCAGGGGCAAGUGUAAGAUAUGUGUGGCCAUCCAUGACACUGGCAUUGGUAUCGAGACGGACAAGCGAGCCCUGCUCUUUGAGCCAUUCUCCCAAUUGGACGCUUCAAACACGAGGAAAUACGGUGGAUCUGGUUUGGGUCUGGCCAUCUGUAGUCGCCUUGCCAAGCUAAUGGAUGGUGAGGUGACAUUGGAGUGGAGCAAAGCUGGAAAGGGAUCAGUGUUCUCACUCAAGGCAGUAUUCGAAGAGGUGGAGCAGCCACCAAUGACACCAUUUACAACAGAGCUAGUCCGUGAUCCAGAGCCAACAGUGAUGCCACUCUGUUUGAUUGUGGACGACUAUGCGUUUGGCUCCAAGGUGACUGUGGACAAGAUGCACCAACUCUGGGUCACCAAUGUGCACGAGAUGAACAGUGCGUCACUCGAGGAGAUACUCUACCUGAGUGAUAGCAGCACACAUAACUGGAGACUGAUGUUUGCCAGCUGGAACCUACACAUGAUCAUGAUCGUACAUCGAGAGCACAAGGACAUCAACACUUUCAUCAAGCUCGCAGCCGACACUGCCGAGUACUGUAAGAACAUGCCAGUCAAGGUGGUGCUGGUCACCAACUUUGCCAACUCCAAGCUGGUGCCCAAGACAAGGAAGUACAUACUGCUCACCAAGCCAAUGUCCAGCAUCAACCUACUGAGGAUAAUACGACAAGACUACGAAGAACUCUACAACAACCUUGGAUCGCUCAAUGAGAAGUCCAUUAGGAAGCAAUCCCUCGAGCUAUUGGACAACAAUCACACGACAUUGAAGAUAUUGUUGGUGGAAGACAACUUGGUCAAUCGAAAGGUGAUAUCAAUGCAGCUGUCAAAGCUUGGCUACGAGUGUGACCAGGCAGAAGAUGGCAAUGAAGGUUUCAGCAAGUAUAAGGAUGGCGAAUAUGACCUUGUAUUCAUGGACCUUACCAUGCCCAACUGUGACGGCACUCAAUCCAGUCUCAUGAUCCGAUCCUACGAACAGAUUGCCAACAGGCCUAGAGUAGUGAUCAUAGCCCUCUCUGCCACAGUACUUGAUGGCUCCAAAGAGUUCUGUCAGUCCAUGGGAAUGGAUGACUUCUUGAUGAAGCCACUGAAGAUGAAGAAGCUCAAGCAGGUACUGGAGUCAAUCAAGAUAAAGAAGCAAUUGAAGAAGUCAAUGUAG